GCCGUUUUAGAUCAGGUUAAACACCAAUAUCGACUUCAGGCAGUCUAUCCCUCUCCUUCCUCUUCAAGCCUGCCUAACAACACCAUCUUCAUCGGGCAGGAGCAUUCUUGACUGUCACGCCAGGGACGCCGCCUGCUCUGUAAACCAUCCUUCCCGGCUGCUUUUGGCCUUCAGGCUUUUCUUUCUUCAUACACUCCACGCCCUUCAGUCCCUUGACGUCUACUUUCCUCGAUCACUUCGUGGAUGUCGUUUUGUUUCUUCACUAUUCUCUAUCAGUUUUAGUUUCAAAAGCUUCUCUUCUCUUUUUAUCCCACAGAGGCAUUUCGGCAAAGCCAAUCGCCAUGCGUUACGAGAACUGGGACGUACUCCUUUUCCCAGAGAACUCCAAGGUGCCAAUUCAAGAGUUCAAGACGCAAUGCUUUGUAACCAAAGAUGAAGAGUCACCCUACCUCCGUAGUCCUUCUAUCAUCAAUCCCUCUGUCUACGGCUUGCCUCAUGGGAACUUCGGCCAGCUCCCGGUUCUGACUACCUUCAUCCCAAGUCUACCUCAAAGCACCGCUUUCCGGGUGUCGGUGCAUAGCUGGGAGAAGCCCCGGCCCAGUCGGACCAUAGAGAGUCUCAUGCAGCCCGAUGACACUCUGCUUUACGAGGUUCGAGUCUUCAUUGAUGGAAUUUGUGUCUCAGGCAGUAUCUUUAGCCCGAGAACCACUUGGCCCCAUGUUAUAGACUACAGUUCUCAUAUCGACAAGAACGGUAACCAGGACAAUCUCCGCUUUCCAGCAUUCCACCAGGAGAUAUUGGAACAAAUGCAUUGGGAUGCAGGAGAGCUUCAUGGUAGAAUCCGAACCGUAAUAUCUGAGGGGUUUUCUCGCCCGCAUCGUACGCCUCCCUUUGAGCGAGUCAAGGAUAUCAUUGCAUUCUCUUUCCAGCAUGCUCCCUUGCAUAUUCUGGAAUAUUCCAACAUCGCCUGGCCAAACGCUGCAAUGUGGUCACCAGCGCCACAGACGCUCUUCAAGUACAACUCGGGCAGUGGAUAUAGUGACUUGAAAGAACCGGAAGAUGCCCAUGCUCAUUCUCCUACUAGACAUGGUAUUCGAAGGGCCGGGACAGUUGCCAGUCAGCCAAGCAGUCAGGCUCUGUACAAUGCCUGGACCUAUAGGAAUUUUCCAACCCCCCCGACUCAGUGGCCAAGCUACCAAAGGGAGCCGAGGUGGUUGGUCCAGGAGCCGUAUGCGACAGAUGCUUUCAUAGACCCCUACAUGAUUGAACGUCCUUCGCGCGGAGGCACGAGGUCAUCGUUGGAAGAUGUUCCUAUGCCAGAUUAUGCCGGUUCGAGCUCCGCGAGCAGCCGUGCUAUUUCUAGCAUGACUGGGGUCAGCUAUGAACACAGCAAGCAGCCAAGCGUUGUUGCGCCAACGGACGAGGAACGCUACAGCCAACUCAUUGAGACCAUGAGCCCUCUAAAAGUACACAACAGUACCAUUCCAGCUGCACCACCCACGAGUCUGAGGCCCUCUGCCGCUGCAGAGGCCCGCUCCGCGUCCUAUACCAGGAGUGCGAGCCGCACAUCGGGCCCAGCAGUGGCGCUCAAGGAGAUCUCGCAACCCGGGACGAGAGAUGUCUCGGAGUCCAGCGCUAAAUCAAACAUGCCCGCGGAAAUUAGUAUAGAACCGGUGGCAAUGCGCAGGGUGCAUGCCAGCCCAAGUCCGAACGUCAAGGGGAAGAAAGAAGCGAUGGGCGUGGAGAAUAAGGAAAACGAAACUGACGUGGAGACACCACGCAAAGACGCGGAGAAGACGAGCAAUUCUCAGCCAAAGGUUGUUGUACGUACGAGUGGAAGUAUUGAUGUUCCUAGAAGCUCGAGACGGUCACGAUCCUCGGUUUCGAUUCUUGGCGAUCUUGUGCAGGAACUGGCGAAUACGUCCAAGGAGGAGAUCUCAUUGAUAUCACCGGUUAAAGCGGUGUCGCCGCUGGCAGUUGAGGAUCACGUCCAGCAAAACGACUUUGAAGACUUCCUGGACUCCAGGAUGCGGCUUGGAGCAACGGCUGCUAUCGAGAUUGGAGAGGCAGAUUGAGAAGUUGGGACGAGCCCAUUGGCGAUGGCGCAAGGUUCUCGUUCGGUAUCAGGAGUCCAUUCAUAGCUACGCACAUUAUCACACUCGUUAGCAGACAUGUGCUAUUUUUACUGCAGGUGCUAGUGGGGAUAUGGGUUAGUGGUAGACAGCAUAACUGUUGGAUCACGUGGGAUUCUGCCGCAUAGGUCCGCCCUCGCUGACCCUUUUCACCACGUAGGCCUAUCUAGCUAGUAACCAACCAAC